CUUCCAAGAUGGCGGCGCUGUUGGAAGAUAGAGACCUGCAGGGAAUAAGACAGCGCUUCCAGCAGCAGGCGGAGGGCUUACUGAGGGAAGACGCAGACGCCGAUGAUAAGAAGAAGGAGAAGCCUCUUCCCAGACUGAACGGCCAUUCUGUCUUGUGGAUCUUGGCAGCAGUGGCGGUGACUUAUUAUGUCGACUUCUUUCCAGUUCUCCAAUUAAACCUCCAGGAAGGCUGUGCCUGGCUCCUGGUUGGUGCGGUGUCAUUGGUUGUCAGUCUGUCUAUAGCACUUUUCUGCAUAGUGUAUCUAGAGUGGAAAUGCGGGAUCUGUGACUACGACGCAGAGUAUCCAGGGCUCGUACCGGUGGCUGUGGUAACGUUUCUAGUAGCUGCUAUCUGCUUCAAUGUUUCCUUGUGGCCAGUUUGGUCAUUUUUCACUCCGGUGAUAUUAUUUACGCAGUUCAUGGGAUUUGUAAUGCUGGUGUCGCUCUUUGGGUGAGCUCGUGGAGAUCUAGAGAAGACCCUGAAGUGAAGAUCAGCAGCUGGACUACAUGAAGGUGAAGAGCUGCAGGCAGCCACAGUUAUCUUUUUUUUUUUUCUUUUUUUUAUUCAGAGAAGAUUCUUCCUUUUGCUACAUACCUUAGAUAUUAGAUAAAAGGCAUUGUCCGAGUGUUUAAUACUGAUGACCUUUCCUCAGGAGGGCAUCCGACUGCUGAAACCCCCGCCGAGGCUGCCAAGCUCCGGUGAGUGCCGCGUCCUCCUCGCAACCAAUGAACGUGGCCUAGGGAGAGGCCUCAGUGCUCAUUGAAUUUCGCAGUCUCUUCAAACAGCAUAUCGGCAGGGGUGCCGGGAGUCGGACCCCCACCAGUCAGAUAUUGAUGACCUAUCCUGAGGAUAGGUCAUCAGUAUUAAACACUCGGACUACCCCUUUAAAGCGGACCUGUCGCCUCUCCUGACAUGUCAGCUGUAGGAGUUAUUUGCAACCCCAGUGCAGUAAUAAUUCUGGAGCAUCUCUUCUUACAACUGUGUGUUCUCCCAUUUUACAACAUACAGUUACCCGGCAGCACUGAUUAGAGCGUGCUCAACUGUACAGGGACGCACUUCUAGUAGGAAUAAUAGAGGAGUGGCUCAACAUAGAAUAGAUGUUCCAGAAUAGUCAUUUCAUAUGGAAUACAAUUUUUUACUGAAACAGACAAGUCAGGAGAGGUGACAGUCCUCUUUUAAAAUCUGCUAAUUUGAAAAUGAAUCAAAAAGAUAAUGUUCUAAGUAUCAAUUUGUAUACAUGGCGAACAAUUUCCUAAUUAUUGUUAAUAAGGCUUCAUGCACUUGACUGUAUUCAUUACUAGAAAUAAUUAAUACAGACAAGAAUACGUUCUAUAAUUUGCAGGGUGGAAAUACGGAUGCAGGCAGCAUACGGAUAACAUCCGUUUGCUGUCCGUUUUUUGCACACCCAUAGAACUAAAUGGGUCUGUGUGCCAUCCACAAAAAAUGCAGAUUGAACACGGAUACAAAAUAUGGUCGUGUGUAUGAGGCCUAAGGAUGGUUAGUACUAAACUAGGGUUCCCUCUGUAAGUUCAUCGCAACGUGCCUUAUGCUGGCCGUACAUUAGGAGUUUCAGACGUCCAUUUUUUUUUUUUAUGACUUCCAUGCUUGGUCUGUGAAGGUAACGCCAUCAGUUAAAACUGAGAAAUCACAGGUUAAUCCCUGCUGUAAUCUGUGUAGUCUGGGCUUCCAUUAAUAGGAUGUAGAUCUGUUAUUGGGAUGGAUGACUUUCCAGGUACAGGACCUGACAAAGACCAAAAAUCUAACGUAUCAGAUUAACUUUUCAACAGAUUUCUGCCCACGGUCAUCAUCCGCCAUGCUCAUUUGUGCCAUUAAAGGUGCGGAUGAUCACCAGACGUUGGUUUCAUUCUUCUUUUCGGCUGUCCAGAGUCUCUAGUUUAUGGCCUGCUUUAAUUAUUUAAUAUAUAAUCGAAAACUCGUAUUUUCUAAGAAAAUAAUAUAAUAUUCACUCUGUCAGGCUACAUGCACACGACCGUAUGUAUUUUACGAUCCACAAAAAUACGGAUGACGUCCGUGUGAGAUCCGUGUUGCAUCCAUUUUUUUGCGGAUCCAUU